AGUUUUUUUUACGAUCGUAGUAAAACUGGUAUGUUAAUUUUUAUCGAAAGAAUUCUUGAUUUAUAUAAAGUUAUUUACAUCUUGUGCUGUAAAUCUUUAGAGUGUUAAAAUGGGCGACGGACAAAGCGAAAGUCAACCACUUCUAAAUGAUGGCUUUUUCACAGAAGAGGAGAAUGUCAGCACAAUCUCACCAAUUGGGCCUGACGAGCUCCCUCCGCCGUAUAAACAAGAAGGGCUGCCGAUGGUAACAUGUCGAGUUUGUCAAGCUAUGAUAGAUAUUUCUGGGAAAAGAGAACAACAUGUUGUAAAAUGUUCUGAUUGCAAUGAAGCAACGCCUAUAAGAAAUGCACCACCAGGAAAAAAGUAUGUCCGCUGUCCUUGCAAUUGCUUGCUGAUCUGCAAGUCAUCAUCGCAGCGUAUUGCAUGCCCACGAGCUGAUUGCAAGAGGAUCAUCAAUCUUGCUCCGUCGCCUGUGACACCUCCUGUGCCCACUUUACCUGGGAUGUGCAGGGUCAUCUGCGCACAUUGUCAAGACACUUUCCUAUAUCAAACUAUGAAAGACUCACCAGUGCGGUGCCCUCACUGCCGGAAAGUAUCUUCGGUGGGUCAGAGCGUGGCCCGAAAGCGAGGCAUUAGAUUCGCGGUGCUGUCUCUGAUGUCCUUCGCCAUCGCGCUGGGGGUGACGCUCGGCACGCUGUCGGCGGCCAAGACGCACGGAGGCGGCGUGUACGUGGCGUACGUCGGGGCGUUCUUAGUCGCCUUCAUUCUAUUCAGCCGGGCCAUAUAUUAUUUCGCUAUGAAAGUGAGUAAAAUCGAAGGCCCGAUGUAGAUCAUCAACGGAACGGCUUUGGUUCAUGUGAUAGUAUGACUAGGAAAUAUCUCGAUUCCAUAUUGCAUUAUGUAUACAUAUAUUUUAUAGGAUUUGUUAGAUAAAAGUGUAACCAUUUAUAUUGAUAAAGUGGACUGUGGUAUUUUGUUUCGAAUUGAUUUUAUGACAAUUACGUAGGUUUGUAUACUUUAAUCGCUAUAGAUAUUUGCUUGGAGUUAUAAAUAUAAUUUUAACGCUUUGACUGUUACCGAAGUAAAUUAUUUGGUAACCUAACAGUAGUUAGUAUGCAUUCCGACAUUAAAACUAUGUUAAAGUAAAAUCUACAUGGGCGAUGUAGAAAACGAUAGUACUUGAUAUUGUAAAGAAUAUUUGUUUUUGCUAAAGUGUGCAGAUUAAAAAUAUUUGCUACGGAAAUUUGUAUGCGGUAUAAAAUAAGCUCUGUAAUCUCAGAUAAUUGGUAUUUUACAACUAGAUAAUGCUUACGUACACGUUUCUAUAAUUUGUAGAUUUAUUUAUCGACUUUGAAAUUAUUUAAAUGAAACUUGUAAAUUGAGAUAAGUGUAAAGUACAUCUUUUAAAAAUACCUUUAAGGUUUGUACACACGAGAACGUACAUAGAUUCGGUAUUGAAUUCAAUGAAUGCGUCGACAAGAUUAAAACGUGUCUUAUAGUCAGCGAGAUACGUUUCUAAUUUGUAAGAAGUAUUAACAAAAUAAAAAAAGUUGUCAGAGAAUAUCUGAAAAUAACUUCCUUUACAUAUAAUUCUGGUUCACAAUAAAUAAUAUAUUGUUAGUUCUCUUAAGAUUAAU